AUGGAAACGCUGCUUGCCGGGCUUCCUUUCCACAUGCCAUGCACUUAUGACUAUGUCUUGGCGCUGGCGUUAGCGGCCGAGUAUUACGUUGAAACGUGCAGGCCGACCCUGGCUUGGAACUUCAACUGCACGGCUGCCCGUAUGAGCCAGGCUCUUGGGUUCCACAAGACCACUAUGCAAGACCUCGAAAGCUUAGACGCGGCGCGGAGAAGGGUUCGACUCUUCGCCGUCAUUUACGUGAACGAUAAGAUGCUCUCCCUCCGCCUCGGUUGCGCUUCCAUGAGACGGGAUAAAGAGAUGCCUCCGGACCAUAAAGCCAUGAUGAGGAGGGGCUUAGUCUACGACAAGCUAUACAGCUCGGCAGCCCUCCGGCAAACGCCAGAAGCCAGGCAUGAUACUGCUGUUGGUUUAGCCCAAGAACUUGAUGCUCUCCUGAAUGACGGCUGCGAUAUCAAACCUGACUUCGACAAGGAUGUAAGGAAUGCCUCUGGGGAUGAGAUUUUCGGCCUGUUAUUGCAAGGCGAUCGAGUUUCGCAGCUUGCACUCAAGUGCUUGAUUUAUCGCACUCUUCUGCUCACAGCUGGAUCUGCGUCUACAUUUUCUGCUGAGUGCAUCUCCGUCGCCAGGCGAGCCCUACUAGAACACCAAGUGGUUACGAACGGGUUGGUCCAGCACGAGAGCAGAUUCCUGGAGCUGCACUACAAUUGGGCCCUCCUUAUGUCUCCCUUUGCGCCAUUCAUUGUGCUCCUAUGCAACGUGGUCGAGACGUAUAACCUCGCGGAUCUUGAGUUGCUCGGCGUCGUGAUUGAGUCGAUAGAGGCGAUUCGCCAGUCCAUGCCUACCAUCUCGCAACAUCUCAGGCUUUUCAAACCCCUGUUCGAGGUGGCCAGUAAGUUUGUCGAGGUAAAAACCGCCCCGGUUCCGCGGACCGAGAACUUCAACGCGUUCUUGCUGGAAGCCAAUAUGGAUCUUUCGUUUGAGCCGGCUCUGCUGUCGACGUUUAGUCAAGGCCACCAACCCGACGUGGUUUCGGGACAACCAGGCCAUAGAGGCACCUCGUUUCUUGAUGUCUGGAGUUAUCUCGAUUCGUCUCCACCAUGUUGA